GGGCCACGGGCAGGCGGUGCAGAAGCGGGUCGGUCUGUACUCCCCGCUCCUCGCCACACACACACCGAGAGGAUGAGGCUCACCGUGGGUGCCCUGCUGGCCUGCGCUGCCCUGGGGCUGUGUCUGGCUGUCCCUGACAAAACGGUCAAAUGGUGUGCAGUGUCAGAGCACGAGAAUACCAAAUGCAUCAGCUUCCGUGACCACAUGAAGACCGUCCUUCCACCUGAUGGCCCCCGGCUUGCCUGUGUGAAGAAAACCUCCUAUCCGGAUUGCAUCAAGGCCAUUUCUGCAAGUGAAGCCGAUGCUAUGACCUUGGAUGGGGGUUGGGUGUACGAUGCCGGCCUGACUCCGAACAACCUGAAGCCCGUGGCGGCAGAGUUUUAUGGAUCAGUGGAACAUCCACAGACCUACUACUACGCUGUGGCCGUGGUAAAGAAGGGAACAGACUUCCAGCUGAACCAGCUCGAAGGCAAGAAGUCCUGCCACACGGGCCUGGGCAGGUCUGCAGGCUGGGUCAUCCCCAUUGGCUUGCUCUUCUGUAAGCUGUCGGAGCCCCGCAAUCCUCUUGAGAAAGCUGUGUCCAGUUUCUUCUCGGGCAGUUGUGUCCCCUGUGCAGAUCCAGUGGCAUUCCCCAAACUGUGUCAACUGUGCCCAGGCUGUGGCUGCUCCUCCACUCAACCAUUCUUUGGCUACGUAGGCGCAUUCAAGUGUCUGAAAGAUGGCGGUGGGGAUGUGGCCUUUGUCAAGCACACAACCAUAUUUGAGGUCUUGCCGGAGAAGGCUGACAGGGACCAAUAUGAACUGCUCUGCCUUGACAAUACCCGCAAGCCAGUGGAUCAGUAUGAGGAGUGCUACCUGGCCCGGAUCCCUUCUCAUGCUGUUGUGGCUCGAAAAAACAAUGGCAAGGAAGACUUGAUCUGGGAGAUUCUCAAAGUGGCACAGGAACACUUUGGCAAAGGCAAAUCAAAAGACUUCCAACUGUUCAGCUCUCCUCUUGGGAAAGACCUGCUGUUUAAAGAUUCUGCCUUUGGGCUGUUAAGGGUCCCCCCAAGGAUGGACUACAGGCUGUACCUCGGCCAUAACUAUGUCACUGCCAUUCGGAAUCAGCGGGAAGGCGUGUGCCCAGAGGGCUCGAUCGACAACUCGCCAGUGAAGUGGUGUGCACUGAGCCACCUGGAGAGAACCAAGUGUGACGAGUGGAGCAUCAUCAGUGAGGGAAAGAUAGAGUGUGAGUCAGCAGAGACCACUGAGGACUGCAUUGACAAGAUUGUGAACGGAGAAGCAGACGCCAUGACUUUGGAUGGAGGACAUGCCUACAUUGCAGGCCAGUGUGGUCUAGUGCCCGUCAUGGCAGAGUACUACGAGAGCUCUAAUUGUGCCACCCCCUCAGAACAAGGUAUCUUUCCUAAAGGGUAUUAUGCCGUGGCUGUGGUGAAGGCAUCGGACACUAGCAUCACCUGGGACAACCUGAAAGGCAAGAAGUCCUGCCACACUGGGGUAGACAGAACCGCUGGUUGGAACAUCCCUAUGGGCAUGCUGUACAACAGGAUCAACCACUGCAAAUUCGAUGAAUUUUUCAGUCAAGGCUGUGCUCCUGGGUAUGAGAAGAAUUCCACCCUCUGUGACCUGUGUAUUGGCCCAUCCAAAUGUGCUCCGAACAACAAAGAGGAAUAUAAUGGUUACACGGGGGCUUUCCGGUGUCUCGUUGAGAAGGGAGAUGUAGCCUUUGUGAAACACCAGACUGUCCUGGAUAACACUGAAGGAAAGAACCCUGCUGAAUGGGCUAAGAAUCUGAAGCAGGAAGACUUCGAGUUGCUCUGCCCUGAUGGCACCAGGAAGCCUGUGAAAGAUUUUGCCAGCUGCCACCUGGCCCAAGCUCCAAACCAUGUUGUGGUCUCACGAAAAGAGAAGGCAGCCCGGGUUAAGGCUCUGCUGACUAGCCAGGAGACUUUAUAUGGGGGAAGAGACUGCACCAGCAAUUUCUGUUUGUUCAAGUCCACCACCAAGGACCUUCUGUUCAGAGACGACACCAAAUGUUUCGUUAAACUUCCAGAGGGUACCACAUAUGAAAAGUACUUAGGGACAGAGUACAUGCAAGCCGUCGGUAACAUGAGGAAGUGCUCAACCUCACCCGAGAUAGCCCUAAGGAACUCCCGUGAUGCCCCGCGCCCCGCCACGGCGUGGAGCUUAGAGCCACGUAACUUUGGCGGCCCGGGAAGACUACACACCUCUUUCAUGGCUUCGGCGAACACCCGGCGAGUUGGCGAUGGCGCCGGUGGCGCCUUCCAGCCUUACCUCGACUCUUUACGACAGGAGCUGCAGCAGAGGGAUCCGACGCUGCUCUCCGUGGCGGUGGCUCUACUGGCGGUGCUGCUGACGCUGGUGUUCUGGAAGUUCAUCUGGAGCCGAAAGAGCAGUCAGAGAGCUGUUCUCUUCGUUGGUCUCUGUGACUCUGGGAAAACGUUACUGUUUGUCAGGUUGCUAACUGGCCAGUACAGAGACACACAGACUUCUAUUACUGAUAGUUCUGCCAUAUACAAAGUCAACAAUAACAGGGGGAACAGCCUGACUCUGAUCGACCUCCCCGGGCACGAGAGCUUGAGGUUUCAGUUCUUAGACCGCUUUAAGUCUUCAGCGAGGGCUGUGGUGUUCGUGGUGGACAGUGCGGCGUUCCAGCGGGAGGUGAAAGAUGUGGCUGAAUUUCUGUACCAGGUCCUCAUCGACAGCAUGGCUCUGAAGAACGCACCGUCCUUAUUAAUAGCCUGCAAUAAGCAAGAUAUCGCAAUGGCAAAAUCAGCGAAGUUGAUCCAGCAGCAGCUUGAGAAGGAGCUCAACACCUUACGAGUCACCCGGUCCGCGGCUCCCAGCACACUGGACAGUUCCAGCACCGCACCUUCUCAGUUGGGGAAGAAAGGCAAAGAGUUUGAAUUUUCCCAGUUGCCCCUCAAAGUGGAGUUCCUGGAGUGUAGUGCCAAGGGUGGACGAGGGGACACUGGCUCUGCUGACAUCCAGGACUUGGAGAAGUGGCUGGCCAAGAUCGCCUGAGGAACAUCGCUGGCCACAAGCAUUGGUCAUGUGAGACUGACCCUGCAGUUUGAGAAAGGGCGGCGGUGGUGUGGACUGAUAAAGAGGGGACAUGUCAUUGUAGCAUUUCUUGAGUUCUUGAAACAAUUGUACUACUCCCACCCCCGUCA